UUUUUCCUAUCAGAAUCAGUGCUGCAUUAGAAGGACACUACUGAAAUGUUAUUUUAAUUUCAGCAUACAUACGUAACAUUUGUAUUUUACUUGCCUUUCAUUGAGGCAUACUGUAAGGUGCAGAAAUCAUAAGUAUACAGCUCAGUGAAGUGUUAUGUGUAUUAAUACUGUUUUUAUUUUAAAUUCCACAUUGGGGUUUCAGGAAGGAAGAUCCUUUCCAGGGCUGGGGGCCUCUAAAGAGCUCCAUCUGGCUCUGAAGAAAAUACUAUGUUCACGGAGUGGCUCUUUUAUUCCCCAGGAUGCAGCCUACAACCACUGCCAUCAUUCUCGAUUUCGUUUUGUAUCGACUUAAUUGGCCUUCAAAGCUACUGUCAUUUCAACUUGUUGGACAUUAGCUACCAUACUUUUUUCUUUAUCCUUUUUUUUCUUAAUGACUUUUUCCCGUUUUCAAUAUAGAAACACUAUUUAAUUUGGCAACCUUCGCCAUGUGUUGUAGGCAAAAAAAAAAAAAAAAAAAAAAAAAAAAAAACUCAAAUCCUUGGCAAUUCUGUGUGGCUGUGAUAUAGGAAUUAUUUUUCCAGCAAUGCAGGUUUGGCCACAUUUUGGGAACAUUUAAAAGCCCCAAACCAAAUACAGUACUUGGCUGGCCCAGGUACUUUAAAAGGACUCUAGCCCCACCCCCCACUGACUGAAUUACUGCAUGGCUUUUUGAGGAGAGCUACACAUUCCACAGCAAACAUGAUUGCUUUGGCAUCUGAAAAUUAUAACAAAUAAAAUGAAACAAAACAACCCCUUUAUGCACAUUAUUAUUGUUUUAAAGUGGGUUCUGCAAAUGGAGUAUAUGCAUGUUAUUAUUCUUUAUAAAAUGUUGUCUCACUUGCCAGGCCACUUCUAUCAAGGUAAGUCAUCUCAAUUAUUAAAAAUUAAGAAGCUAAAUGCUCUGGUGGCCAAAUGCUGUAAAGCAGGCCUCCUUAGAAGCUGCAAGUAGUAGUAAAAUGAAGAGGCAAUUUAAUGACUGACUAUGCAGUUUGAAGGAGUUAAUAAGGCUUUCAAGAGAGUAAAAAAUAAGGUCAUUCUUUAUGCCUCUCACCGUUCUGCUCUGUGCCCACUAAGUGUCUAUUCUGAAAGGUACUGUUAGUAUUUCAGAUGUACUCAGGUUAGGGACAAUAUUUAUUUAAAAAUGUUUGAGUUUUCAACUCAAAAGGUGAGUGCCUUAGCUGGUUCCCCAAGGAAGGGCCAGCUAGGGUGGGGGAAACAACCUGGAUCUUAGGGGGUGGAAUAGAUGGAUAUGAGCCAGGCCUCUACUCAUGUGACCUCAUGUGGGGUUGUAAGUGUGCAUUCUGGGAGCCUCACGACCAUCCAGGAUUCAGGUGAUUCCUGGAUGGAGAGGCUUGUGAUGUCUGGGAAGUGUGUGUUAACAGGAAGGACAAUUGGAUCUUGGAUGACAGGCCUGGGGCCAAAGGUGAACUUGCAGACGAGAUGGAUGCUGAGGCGAAUAAGUUAAGCAAGUGGUUCAUCUAAAAGAUCAUCUAUAUCUGUAACAAGAUUUAUGAAUCUGUUUAACAUUAAACAACAUAGAAGUUUUAAGCUAACUUUCUUGAAGAUGGAGAAAAAAAUUCUAAGAAAUACACAAUUCAUCUAAAUAGCCACUACCUAUCUGUGAGUGACAGUAUUUAGAAAUAACAUCUCAGCUUUCUGUGAUCAGAAGGCACUCGCAUGUUCACUGGCUGGAGUGACUCAUAGGUGGCUAAAUUCCCCAGUUUAAAUCUCUUCUUUAAAAAAAAACAACAAAACCAGAUUUACAGAUUCAUAAAUCUUCCCCUCUAAGAUCCAGGGAUACUUAUUUACUUAAAGGUUCAAAAAUUUUAAGAAAUAUAAAAGUUGAGCAUGUAAGAAAUCUGAGCAGUUGCUGAAGAAAUGCUAAUGAACCAGACAAUAUGUAUUAAAGAUCAUAUGAAAAUCAGUAAGGGCAAAGCAGACAAAGAACACUGAAGAAAGAAGAUAAUUGGAAAUAUAAAAAGUAUUAAGAGUCUGGCCAGGUCAAAUAGAAACACUGGCUGUGGUAACCAGUGAGCCAUAAUCACAUGGAAAGGACAGCAUAGGAAAGGUGAGCUUUCAAUGCAUAUGAGGAGGGGUGAGAGUUAAACACAUCAAAUAAAUUCGCCAAGUGUGGUCAUGAUGACGUGGCAGAGGCUGCUGGAUGUCCCCCAAUAUCUGUUUUUCCCUUUAAUAAUAGGGCCCAUGAUUUUUAGCCAGGCACAUGGUUGCCUAGAAGAUAUUUCCCAAUCCCCAUUGCAGCUAGUUAGAGAUGUGUACCAGGCUGUGGCCAGUGGAUACAUGUAGAAGUGAUGUGUUCAACUUUAAGAUUGUACCUUUAAAGAGAAAGGGUGGGCUUUGCUUCCAAUUGGCUGGAAUGUAGAUGUGGUUGGCCAGUCAGGCUGGGCCAUGAGGAUAAAUGCAAUGUCGUAGAAAUGAUGGAGUAACCAAGUAGAAACUUGCUAUCGUGCUCCUGUCACCAUGACACCCCUAUACCUACCUCUAGACUGUUUGUGCCCUAUUAAUUCUUUCUUGUUUAAGCCUGUAUUUGUUUGUUUAUUUGCUUGUUUGUUCAUUUGUUUUUUGAGACAGGGUGUCGCUGUGUCACCCAGACUGGAGUGUAGUGGUGUGAUCUUGGGUCACUGCAACCUCCGCCUCCUGGGUUCAAGCAAUUCUUGUGCCUCAGCCUCCUGAGUAGCUGGGAUUACAGGUGUGCACCACCACAACCCAGCUAAUUUUUUGUACUUUUGGUAGAGAUGGGGUUUUGCUAUGUUGGCUAGGCUGGUCCUGAACUCCUGGCCUCAAGUGAUUCGCCUGCCUUGGCCUCCCAAAGUGCUGGGAUUACAGGAGUGAGCCACCGUGCCCUGCCAUAAAGCCACUAUUGUUUUGAUUCUGUGUUACAACAGCCUAGCCUAUAUCUUGAUAGACAAGGGACAAGUAUCAAGCAAAUACCUACAGAGAACAUGAUCAAGAGUACAGGUCAUCAACAAAGCUGACAAUAUGAAGUGUCAGCAAGUAUGUGGAGAAGCUGGACCCCUCAGCUAAUGCUGGUGGGAAUGUAAAAUGGAACAGCCACAGUUUGGCAGUUUCUGAAAAUUAAACACAUACCUGCCAUAUGACCCAACAAUUCCACUCCUCAGUAUCUAUUGAAGAGAAAUGAAAACGUGUCCACAUAAAGACUUAUACAUGAAUGUUCAUAGCAGCAUUAUACAUAAUAGCCCAAACCCAGAAAUAAUCCAAAUGACCAUCAACUGGGGAAUGGACAUAAAAAUUGUGGUAUAUCCAUAAAAUGGAAUACUACUCAACAAUAACAAUGAACGAGUUACAACAACAUAGAUGAGUCUCAAAAAAAAAGAAAUAAAUAAAAAAUCCAGGCACGUAAGGUGACCACAUAUGUAUAAUUACAUUUAUCUUAAAUUUCUAGAAAAGACAAAACUAUAGAGAUAGGAAACAGAUCAGUGGUUGCCUAGGAGGUUGGAUAGGAGUGAGUGAACACAGGCACGAGGGAAUUAUUUUGGGUGAUGGAAAUGUCCUAAACAUUUCCACUGUGGUGAUACUCACAAAAUUGUGUACAUUACAUUGACUGAAUUCCAUUGAACCAGGUACUUAAAAUAGAUGAAUUUUAUGUCAUGUAAAUUAUACCUCAAUAAAGCUGUUAAAAAAUAGAGUAUAGGUGAGCUACUGGUACUGAAAUAAAAUAACCACUAGUUUUUAGUCAUGGGCUAAAUUGUCUACAAUGGGCUAAAUUGUGUACAAUGGGCUAAAUUGCUACAUUGUCUUCUUAUGAAACUCUUAUUGUAUCAGAGAACAAGAUGAAUUGUGAAAUAUUAUGAAUGAGUGGAAAACAUGACAGUAUUUGAGUUACAGAAUCUACCAGAGCAGCAUAUAUUACACUGUCUACAGCUGAGACAGGGAAAAUGCUCUUGAUUCACGUGGAAUGACCUAGGUAACACAUUUUUUGUUUUAGAAUAGUUUGAGGCUUAUGGUCUGAUAUCUUUAUGAUGAAUGUGGUAGAUAGUCUUCAAAAAUGGCCCCCAAUGAACUACGCCUCCCAGAAUUUAUGCCCUUUUGUAGCCUUUCUGCUGGUGUUGUGACUUACUUUUGACCAAUAGAAUGUUUCAGAAAUGAUGCCAAGGACUUCUGAGAUCACAAGAAGUAUUGUAGUUUCUGCUUUGGUUUCUUGGGACAGAAACACUGGCAGGGGGUUGGGGUAGUCAGAUACUAUGGAGGAAGUCUGACUACCUGAGGCUUCCAUACUGUGAGGAAGCCCAAGCUAAUCACAUGAGAGAGAGAGGGAGGGACAGAGGGCUGGAGAUUGAGUGAGAGUGAUGAGUGGCGAGCCCCUAGCUGUUCCAGUUACCCCAGCACAGGCUUUGCAUAUUUGAGAGAAGUCAUUUUGGACAUCCAGCCCAGUUGAGCCUUCAGUUGACUCCAGCCCUUGCUGAUGUUUGAUGGCAGCCACAUGGAAGAGCUCAAAUGAGACCUACCCAGUGGGGACCGUGAAUCCACAGAUUCAUAUUUUAAGAGACUGCAGACAGAGUGGCAUUGUGACAAAGGUGUUUCAGGUAGACUAUGAACCACCAAAUAUAGUCUCUCCUGAAGACAAUGUUGAAAAUGUUCUCAAAGAUUCUUCAAGGCAGGAAUUCAAAAAUGGAUUUGUUGGAUCAAAACUAAAGAAGAAAUAUAAGAACUCUGAAAAUCGACGCAGCUGGAAUGUUAACCUUAGAAAGUUUCCAGAGAGUCCACUGGAAAUCCCAGCUUAUGAUGGAGGAUCAGGUUCUAGACCACCCACCUGCCAGUCCCAGUCCCCCGGUUUUGCACACGUAAGCGGUCAGAAGUGUUUGACAAGCACGGAGAUAAUGAGAAUUCAAAGGGAGACAGACUUUCUCAAGUGUGCCCACUGCCUUGCCCCCCGGCCAUCAGAUCCCUUUGCUCGCUUCUGUCAAGAAUGUGGCUCUCCUGUCCCACCCAUAUUUGGCUGUCGUCUCCCACCCCCAGAAGGAGCUCAGAUGGGCUUGUGUGCAGAAUGCAGAAGCUUGGUACCCAUGAACACUCCCAUCUGCGUAGUGUGUGAGGCCCCUCUUGCUCUACAGCUGCAGCCACAGGCAAGCCUCCACUUGAAGGAGAAGGUAAUUUGCCGGGCCUGUGGUACAGGAAAUCCUGCUCACCUGAGAUACUGUGUCACCUGUGAGGGGGCCCUGCCUUCAUCACAAGAGUCGAUGUGCAGUGGGGAUAAAGCCCCUCCUCCGCCCACUCAGAAAGGGGGGACCAUUUCCUGCUCCAGAUGUGGUCGCUGGAAUCUCUGGGAGGCAUCCUUCUGCGGCUGGUGUGGAGCCAUGCUUGGCAUUCCUGCUGGCUGCUCUGUUUGCCCUAAAUGUGGGGCCAGCAAUCACCUGUCUGCCCGAUUCUGUGGCUCCUGUGGUAUUUGUGUGAAGUCCCUGGUGAAACAUAGCUUGGACAGAAGCCUGGCUCUAGCUGCUGAGGAAGCUCGCCCUUUUUCUGAGCACCGAUGUGCCUGGCAGUCCCUGAAUAUUCCUUUGCCCAGGUCUGAUGCUGGGACUAAGAGGGACAUAGGAACACAGACUGUUGGCCUGUUCUACCCAUCCGGCAAGCUGCUAGCAAAAAAGGAACUGGAAAUAGCCUCUCAAAAGCAGAGGCAGGAGAAAAUGAGUGACCAUAAACCCCUCCUCACAGCCAUCAGCCCAGGAAGAGGGUACUGGAGAAGACAGCUGGAUCACAUCUCCGCUCACCUCAGGUGUUAUGCUCAGAACAACCCUGAAUUCCGGGCCUUGAUUGCAGAACCCAGGAUGGGAAAGCUUAUCUCUGCUACUGUCCAUGAAGAUGGUUGUGAAGUUAGCAUCAGACUGAAUUAUAGUCAAGUCUCAAACAAGAACCUUUACCUGAACAAGGCAGUGAAUUUCAGCGAUCACCUUCUGAGCAGUGCUGCCGAGGGUGAUGGGGGGAUGUGCGGCAGCAGGUCCAGCUGGGUGAGUGACUACAGCCAGAGUACCUCAGAUACUAUUGAAAAAAUCAAAAAGAUAAGGAAUUUCAAGACCAACACUUUUCAAGAAAAGAAGGAGCAGCUUAUACCUGAAAACAGACUCCUGCUGAAGGAAGUCGGACCCACAGGGGAAGGAAGAGUCUCUGUGAUUGAACAGCUGCUGGAUGAGGGAGCAGACCCCAACUGCUGUGAUGAAGACAAUCGACCCGUCUUAACCGUGGCUGUUAUGAAUAAGCACCAUGAAGCGAUUCCGGUUCUCGUGCAGAGAGGAGCAGACAUCGACCAGCAGUGGGGGCCGCUCAGAAAUACAGCUCUUCAUGAAGCAACUCUGCUUGGCCUUGCAGGAAGAGAGAGCAUCGCCACUUUACUGGGAUGCAAUGCAAGCAUCCGAAAGAAGAAUGCAGGAGGCCAGACAGCAUACGACCUGGCUCUGAACACUGGAGAUGACCUCGUCACCUCACUCUUUGCUGCCAAGUUUGGCCAAGGGCUCAAGGACCAACUCGCUCAAACUAGGAGCCUCAGCCUGGAUGACUGUUAGACCUGAGGCCUCCACGGGACUUCAUUUAAGAAUAUGUGCAGUGGCUGGCACAGUGGCUCACGCCUGUAAUCCCAGUGCUUUGGGAGGCUGAGGCUGGCGGAUCACCUGAGGUCGGGAGUUCAAGACCAGCCUGACCAACAUGGAGAAACCCCAUCUCUACUAAAAAUACGAAAUUAGUCGGGUGUGGUGGCACAUGCCUGUAAUCCCAGCUACUCGGGAGGCUGAGGCAGGAGAAUUGCUUGAACCCGGGAGGUGGCAGUUGCGGUGAGCCAAGAUCACGCCAUUGCACUCCAGCCUGGGCAACAAGAGCAAAACUCCGUCUCAAAAAAAAAAAAGAAUAUGUGCAGCUCUGGCUAUUCUUUUAUCAUGUCUUUCUGAAAUGUGUAUUUGAGAUUAGAAAUUGAGGUUGAGAGGAACUCAGGAGAUUUUUUUUUAAAUCAUAUGACAGUAUAAGCCAUCAGUACUAAAUAGACAGCUCCCAGUAUACUGUGGACUGUGAUAAACUGAAUGUAUGUUUUUUAAUGAUUUAUUGCUGCAGGUUUUUUGUGUGUUUGAUUUUUAGUUUUUAACUUAUUUUUCAAUAGAUAAUAAUUGCAAAUGGUUCAAAGCUAAAAGUUAUGAAGUAUUAUGGAGGGAUGUGUCCCUCCCAUCCUGUCCCACAGCCACCACCUCUCUCCUCAGCCACCAAUGACAUCAGCGUCGACUUGCCUUUCCCGGGGUUGUGCAGAGUUAGAUAUGCACAUACAUGUGGUAUAAGCACAUGUACAUAAGAGUACACAUAGAAUAUAAACGUGUCUGUAGCACAUAUCUAUUCUUUACCCUCUUAAAACAAAUGGUAGCAAACCAACCACACAAUGUUCUGCAUCUUGCUCUGUUUGCUUGAUACAUCUUGUAGGUGGCUCCUAAUUAGUAUGUAAAGAUUGACCUUAUUUAAAUUUUUUUAUGUUGAAAUCAUCAAUAUUCCCAUCAUUAUGGUUUGUUCUUUGAUUGAUAAAUCAGCUCUCAAUAAACCACUUACAAGAAUGUG